GAUAUCAUAAUGUGCGGUAAUAAAGAGAGUGAGGAAGAAAUGGUGUGCUAGUACAGCUUUGUUGUACAAGGUAUGUCGUUGCUAUGGCACUAACAGUCUUCACAACAAAUACUGACUAUAUAGCAUGGUAGAGCAUGAGAUUAGUAUUUUAAUACAGCUAUGGCCUUUCAGCAUACACCAUACAAAUGAAGAAGUACUCUACGAUACACAAAUAGGCAGUGUGUAUCCCUCAGCAACCAUACACUGGAGAACGGCACUUCCUCCGCCGCAGCUGUGAGCUGUGAUUGGAUUUAGCAAGGCCAUCUUGAAAAGUGAUUGAAACGUAUUUCUUGUAGUUUUAAGCAUUUCUUCUUUGCAUUUACCAAGCUUUGAUCAGAGUAAAAUAUAAUUAUAUUCAAAAUUACAGUAUGUCGACUCAUACCACACGCUCAGUGAACGGUACUACAUCAGAAGUACAUACGCAUCCUUGGAAAGCUCAUUCAUCCUCAUCAUCAUGUUCACAGACGACUCGUCAAAAUGGCGCGAAAAAUACUGGUGCUAUGCAUUCUAUUGGAGGAGUAAAGGGGAAGACUGUCCAAGCACCAGCGUUCUCGCCUCUUUCCAGGAGGGAUAAUGCUGUCGUCGUUCCUCCACCGAAAGCUGGUGCGUUUCAGGAAAAGAUUCCCCCUCCUUCUGAUUUCAGUAAAUUCUACGAUAGAGGUGACUUUCCAAUCAUGGUUGAACAUGAUACAAGCCAUAAUAAAAUAGCAUGGAAGGUUGAGAUUGAGAAGCUAGACUUUCACCAUUACCUUCCUUUAUUCUUCGAUGGUUUAUCAGAAACACGUCAUCCAUAUAGCUUCUUUGCUCGUCAAGGAGUACAUGAUAUGUUAACACAUGGUGGUCAUAAGGUACCACCAGUCAUCCCACAGCUCAUCCUCCCUAUUAAAACAGCUCUUCAGACGCGGAACGCUGAUGUAAUAUGUGCAACUAUGCGUUUACUUCAAACCCUUGUAACAUGUUAUAUGAACGGUGGUAAGCAGACAUUGAUAGGUGAAGCAUUGGUACCUUAUUACCGACAGAUAUUACCCAUUAUGAACAUUUUUAAGAAUAAGAAUAAGAAUAUUGGUGAUGGUAUUGAGUAUGACCAAUGGAAAGGUCAGAAUGUAGGUGACCUGGUCAAUGAAACACUUCAGGUAUUAGAACGUUAUGGAGGACCUGAUGCAUUUAUCAAUAUCAAGUAUAUGGUGCCAACAUAUGAAUCUUGUAUUAUGAAUUAAGAGAUAUAUUUGUUAAUAAUUUGUUAUUGAUGUACGUUGCACAUGUGGUCGAUUUAACGAUGCAUCUUUCACGUUAGACAUGCUAGAGAUUUAUAGUCAAGCCAGCAUGAGGUUACGUGAGGUUCAUCUCUAAAGUGAAAAAAAAAAGAAGGGGAGAUCGGGGACAAUCGUAACAAAAUUUACUAAAUUUGAAUUAUCAAAUGACAGCUUUGUUUAAAAAAUCAAAAUUUGUCACUUUUCGGACAAAAUCAAUAUUUUAUUUUUUUUGUUAACAAUCUUAUCAAAUCCGGAAUAGUGUUUUAUUCAGAUAUCAUUUUGUACGAAAGAUGUAUUCCCUCUUUUAGUUUACUCCCUUACCCUCUCUGUAUACACUAGGUAAUAUGUAUCAAUGCCUAACAUCAUGAACAUAUAUGAGUAUAAGGUACUUUUAUUACCACCCUGUGUACAUAUAUUAUACUGAAUUUCUAACCUGUAAAAAUUCAUAUAAUUCAGUAUUCCGCUGCAAAUUUGAUUUCAUUAUAAUAAACAUAUAUUAUUUAUCCAUCAUGUUCGAACUUAUAAUUUUUCAUGAUUCUGAGCUUAUAAAAAAAAGGUUACCAUAUUCAUUGUUAACAAAGCAUUAUAAUGAUAUACAAGACGUUAUCAUGCUCUAGGUUAAUGAGGCUACUCUGUGCUGUGCUUGUAUUUCCAAUUAGCCUAUACUCAGAUUUACAAUUUUGAUAUUUGAAGAACUAUUGUCCCCUGUCUCCCUUAUUCUAUUGACCCCUGAGGUAACUCCUCCCGAAAUCAAAAGUGCUCAUGGAAGUAAAUUAAUUAGCAGUAUAUUUGAUAUUUAGGAGGAAGAGGUUCUUCAAAUUCAUAUAUUGUUAUAUAUUCACUCGUAAAUAAUUCGUUAUUGAUGUCACUCAUUGGCUCUACAAAGGAAAAACAUAUAAAGAAUUUACUUUUCUUUAGACACUGUUACAGAAUCAGUUAUGCACAAAUAAUAUUUAAGAUUUGUAUAGCGCACGUAUCCGCCUUUAUUGGUUCUCAAGGCGCUCCCAUAAUUACCCCGGCUAACUCUAAUGCAAUUACGCGUCUCUUGCACAAGUGAAGAAACGCGAAUGACAACAGUUACUGUAAGUUGUUUUUGUGCGAAUUGUUGCCUGAAAUUAUAUUUAGAUUUGAAUGUAAUCAUAUCUUGUUUAAAAAAAAUAAUGAUUUGGUUAUUAUACUUUGCAAGAUGAAUAUUCAUUAUCUAAAUACAUCAGAUAUGAAGAGAGUUUAGAAUUGUUUUUUGUUGAUUUCUUAAAGAUUUUACCCUAACGAAACUACGUUCUGGACAUUAUUUAAUAUUUGUUAUUUUUUCAUAGUAAUUGUUAUACAUGUAUAUCUUUACUCAUGAAUUAUCUAAUUAUCAUGCAUUAUCAUUCUCUUUAUCAAUCUGAAUUGAAAUAUUGAUGUAAAACCAAUAUAGUUGAUGCUUAUACUUAAUGUGUAAAUGAUAGAAAUAAAUUAUUUGCCAACAUGUAUAUUUGCCUGCAAAACACUAAUUCGCGCUAUUUAUUGUUCAACUUUAGCUUUAAAGGCCCCCUCACACCUAACCGAAUUGCCUGAAAUACGCCUUGCGAUGGCUGGCGAAAGGCAUUUUAAAAAAUCGUUUUCAAUGGUAACUGAUAGUAAAUCAUAUUUACCCUUCGUGUUUGGGUUCGUACAUCUUCUGAACUAACAGCUGCGAUUAUUCAAAUUCGCGUGGAAAUUUUGAACAUGUUUAAAAUUUCCCGACGAAUUUAAAAGUCGUUGGUCAUCUGUUUGAAUUCGCAUCUCUUAUUUAGUCUGAGGUUAUCGUUUGUUUAUCGUUCGUGUGUUUUUGUCGCGCAUAGUCCCUCUUCGCGCUUUUGCCAAAGUGGACCGAUCUCAAAAGAACCCGUAACGAAGCAACACGAUGACACAACGACGAGAUUGCCUGAUCUAUUCCCUCGUUUUCGUUUCUCAUCGCACGCCAUAUCAAACCAUUGCUGACUGUUCCUUCGUCUUCUUGGGUUAUAUCAACCCUUCGCUUGCCUUCGGCCGCAAUUUUCUCACUGAACCGAAAAAUCGAUAUCCUUUGCAUGUCAUAUUUAUCCUUCGCUUACCGUUCGUUGAUAAAAUUUGACAAUAUAGUUACUGAUCUGCUGAUCGCAUGAUUUGACGGAAAUUUUAUUUGAAUUUGUUGAAUUCGCGUGCAUUUCGUACAUUUUUCCCAUUCGUCACCCUUCGUCCGCCUACAUUCGGUCAGGUGUGAGGGGCUUUUAAAACUUGCCCAACUCAAGCCUUUUAUACGUCUCUACGAUCACCUCAAUAAAACGCCGCCAUGCACCAGUAAUUUUGUAAACUUAUUGCUAUUAUACAUAUAUAUAUAUGUAUACAAUGAUUCAAGUGUUUAGUGAAAAUAACUAUAUCUCAAUAAUAAGUGCACAUAAUUUUGUCCAUUAAAAAAUAUUAAUGUUUUCCAAAGUAAUCUAUUAAUAACAUCGGGUCGGGGGAGGGGGGGGGGGGGGCAUUUGGAGCCAUAGUCAAUAUUUUCUAUGGGAACUUAUGUCGUUCAUACUCAAAUGAGGACCUUCUUCUUCUUCUCUCUUUUUUUUUUUUUUUGCUUGUCAAGUUUUUCUCGGGAAUAUGUGCCCCCCCCCCCUUUUGGAAAUUCCGUAUCCGCCCCUGAUUGUGAAGUCACAACUCAUCUACCAAUAACUGAAUAACACGAUGUUGAUUUGGGUCUUUAUUUUAGGUAAGUAUUAUUUUGAAAAGUACACAAAAUAUUGUACAUGGAAGAAAGUCGACACUUCUAUAUCUAAAUAUUUUUAAUAUCAACUUGCAAAAGAUUAUUAUAUCAGAUUUGUAUUAUUUUUGUUAUUUUUACGAAAAUAGUGUAUGUAAUGUUUGAUAGUUACUUAUUAAAUGAAUAACGUUACCACUG